UCCUCGCGGCGCUGCGUCGCGUCGGCGCUGUGUGUGCCGGAAGAUGGCGGCGGGGCGCUGAGGGGCGGCCGGGGCCCUGAGAGGAGGAAGAGGAGGAAGAGGAGGCACCGCCGCGCUCCGGGCCGCCUCAUGGCCUCGGGGCCGCCUCGGGAGCCGCGUCCCAUCCGAGCAGCGCCGCCGCGGGGCCGCUCCGAGGGCCGCUGAGAGCCCCGCCCGGGCCUACAGCGCUCCGUGCCCGGCUGUGGCUGCGGGGGAAGGCCGGGCCGGGCCGGGCCCGAGCAGCGCGGGGUGCUGAGCGCCUCCCGAAGGCCCCGCGAUGUCCGAAGCGCAGCCCCACGGCCAGCACCCCCCGGCCAACCACACCGGGGCCGCGGGGGGCACUAACAGGGCCGGGAGGAACGCUGCCCUCAAUCAGAACCCUCUGAUUAAUGUCCGCGAUCGUCUCUUCCACGCGCUUUUCUUCAAGAUGGCAGUGACCUACGCGCGGCUCUUCCCUCCUUCCUUCAGACGGGUCUUCGAGUUCUUCGUGCUGCUCAAGGCUCUCUUUGUGCUCUUCAUCCUGGCAUACAUUCACAUCGCCUUCUCCCGCUCGCCCAUAAACUGUUUGGAGCAUGUGAGAGACAAAUGGCCACGUGAUGGCAUCCUGAGGGUGGAAAUCCAGCGCAACUCCAGCCGGGCCCCCAUCUUCCUUCAGUUCUGUGGUGCUGAGAAGUUUCCAGGAAUGGUAGUUGAGCCCACGGCUGAGGAAGAGGAGGAGGAAGAAGAGGAAAUGACUGUGGAUAUGUUUGAAAACAGCUCUAUCAAGUUUGAGCUGGAUAUAGAGCCCAAGGUGUUCCUCAAGCCAUCCCGGAUGAGCAGCACCGAGGCGCUGGCCCACAACGAAAGCCAGGAGUUCUCAUUUAGUGAAGCAACCACUAAAGGUAUGCAGCCUCUGCGGGAGACUGUGUCCGAGUUUGAGAUGCUAACCAGAGCAGUGUGGCCACAGGAAGAGUACAUUGUGGAGUAUUCCUUGGAGUAUGGGUUCCUGCGCCUGUCCCAGAGCACACGGCAGCGCCUCAGCAUCCCUGUGAUGGUGGUGACUUUGGAUCCUACCAGGGAUCAGUGCUUUGGGGACAGGUUCAGUCGUCUGUUGCUGGAUGAAUUCCUGGGUUAUGAUGACAUCCUGAUGUCCAGUGUCAAAGCCUUAGCUGAAAAUGAAGAGAACAAAGGUUUCCUUCGCAACGUGGUGUCUGGGGAGCACUAUCGCUUUGUCAGCAUGUGGAUGGCUAGAACAUCCUACCUGGCAGCCUUUGUCAUCAUGGUCAUAUUUACUCUGUCUGUUUCGAUGCUCUUACGCUACUCGCACCAUCAGAUCUUUGUCUUCAUUGUUGACCUGUUACAGAUGCUGGAAAUGAACAUGACAAUUGCAUUCCCUGCAGCUCCCCUGCUCACUGUCAUUCUGGCUCUAGUAGGUAUGGAGGCCAUUAUGUCAGAGUUCUUCAAUGACACCACGACUGCAUUUUACAUCAUCCUCAUUGUGUGGCUGGCUGACCAGUAUGAUGCCAUCUGUUGCCACACCAAUACGAGUAAGAGGCAUUGGCUCAGGUUCUUUUAUCUGUACCACUUUGCCUUCUAUGCCUACCACUAUCGAUUCAAUGGGCAGUACAGCAGCCUGGCUCUGGUCACCUCGUGGCUGUUCAUCCAGCAUUCAAUGAUUUACUUCUUCCACCACUACGAGCUGCCAGCUAUUCUCCGGCAGAUCAGAAUCCAGGAGAUGCUGCUGCAGAACCAGCAGGUGGGUCAGGGCACUCAAACAACUCUCCAAGACAACCUCAACAACAACACUACCCCAGCUGGGGCAGAGGUGGGGGGCCACAGGCCCCACCUGGCUGCUGGCCCCUCCGGAGAGAGCAGCAGCCCAGCAGCUCUGGCCCCCAGCGAGGCCUCCAGCGUCAUCACCACGGCUGCAGCCUCUUCUGUUGGGAGUGACCUGAACUGGGUUGCUGAGACAGCUGCCAUCGUUACAGAGGCCUCAUUUCUUUCUGACCUGAGUUCUUCUCUCCUGGAGCCGAAUGUGGUGCACGAAGCCAUGGCUGCUGGGAGCCCUCAGGAUGCUGCUGCUUCUGCUGCCUCUGGUUUGGUCGCACGCAUCAGGGUGAGCAGUGAGCAUCCAGACACUGCUGUGGGCUCCAUCACCAUUGAGGUCACUUCAGCAUCUGUGGUUGCUGCUGCAGAUGGUUCCCCUGCCACAGAGGCAGCUGCAGUUCCUGCCCCCAUCCCUGUGCAGGAGGAUGGGAACUCCAACCCCAGCCCUUCCCCUGCUGAGCAGACUGAGGCUGUGGAGAGCUCAGACAGCCAAGUAAAAUCCAGUGGCAAGAACUGCAUUGCAAAUGGCAGUGUGGCAGAGUCCCCUCCGGCCUUUGUGGAGAACACUGAUCAGGACAAACUCUUGGGCUGUGCUCUUGGGGACCGGGGGGAGAGUGGCCCUUGCCCAGCACCAGCAGAUAGUACAGCUAGCUCCAGGCCUUGCUCGGAGCCAGACUUGAGGAGCCUGUCUUGAGUCCUUGUUACUGUCACUCUGGACUGCCAGGAAGGCAUUUGGAUUUCGUUUGUUACUAUUUCUCACUUCACCAUCAUCCUUAACCCAUGAAUUCCUCUUAACGGAGGCAGAGCAGCUGGGACAGAGAAAAGAUGCUGCAGUGAUCUCCCCAGAGAAAUGCACACGUGUGCACAUAUGAGGCUGGCACACGUGGGACUGCUCAGUGCCAGAUUCUCCCUACAAAGAGGAGGAAGUAAGGGCACAUUUGUUCCCUCUGCCUGCAAGGCACCGGGGGAGCCCUGUGCCACUGUUGAGGCUGUGGGUGAGCAGGCUGGCUGUGUUCUCCGUGCUGUCAGUGUGCUGUCACAGCUCUUCUUUGCCCCCUGAGGUUGUGUUGGCAGUCUGGGUGUUGCUUGCAAACAUGAGCUGAUUUGUGACAAACCACGUGUGUGCAUGGUGACUCUCUGGUUAGAAUAGCAGCUGUGUGUGAGCAGGGAGAGCAUCUUCAGACACCCCUGGGAGAGCAACCAACAGCCAAGGAGAAACAAGUCACCUUCCUUUUUCUAGGGGAAAAGAAGCUCAGUACCUCCCUUCAACACUGGAGCUGCUCACACCAGAGCAAAGCUGGGUAAUAACCAAAGCAGAAACUGCAUUUUAGCCCCAUUUCUUUUUUUCUUUUUUUUUUUUUUUUUCUCCUGACAUUAAACUUCCUUUAGUCAGUGGGUUUAGGGGGGAGAAGUGUCCAGGUCCAGCUUAGAGCAUCCACCCAAGGAAGGACGCAUUUGUCUGUGGUUGGAAGCAGUAAAGGAUUUAUUCAGCCCUGGAGGAAUGCUGUCACCUGUUGCUGGUGACUGCAAGACCCUGGUGAGUUUGGCCCCUCUUCAAUGUGUCAAGUGAGAGCUCCUGCCAUCAGUAUCCUCUGGGAGCUGACCUGUAGCCUCAGGAUCUGUUGUAGAGGAGGAGGACAGCAGCUCUGUCUCUGUACAGCUCUGCUUUCGGCACCUGCAGCUGCAGGUGAGUUUGUUUGUUUUUCAGUGCCUUGUCCCUUAAAUGGGACACGUUUGUGUUUUAAGAUCAGCCCCAUCCCUGAGGAGAGAUUGGCAUUGUGCUGGCCCAGCUGUGGCUCAGCUGUUCUGUGAGGUGGUUUAGCAAAGACCCAAAACACUAAAGACAGAUUUCAGCUAACUUUCCCUCAUUUCUUUGGCAGCAGAGGUGAAGCUUGGAUUUGUGCCCCAGUCCAGUGCUACCCUUGGUGCCCCAGGGCUCGAUUGGACUCAGGUGGGGGUUAGGACUUAAAACCUGCAGGUAGAGCAAGACUGCAAAAGCAGAGUGAUGCAGGAGAGUGCCGUGUCUGCAGGGCUGGGAUGAGAGAAGCUCAGGGAGAAAUCUGUUGGGAGGAGGUGGAGGGGGGCUGCUUGGGUUCUGCAGGGGACUCCAGCCUCCCAGCAGCAUCAGUGUGCCCUUCUCCCUUGGAGGCACUGCUGUGGCUUCCACCAGGGCUGGGUUUCCAUGUUGGCAGCGUGGGGACUCGCAGCCCUCUGGCUUCAUUUUCUCUGCAUUUCCCACGUGGGUGCCCUCUGAUUUUUUUUUUUUUCUCUUUUUGGCUCGAUGAGCCCUGGGUGCUGCUCUGGGGCACAGGGCAGACAGUUCUGCAGCUGCCUUCCUGGGAGGGCUGGGCAGCAUGACGAGGCUCCUGAGCAUGGAUGUGCCAGGGUGCAAGAGCAAGGAGUAACCAUAGGCUUAUAAGAGGAGCGG